AUGUGUAACGUGUACCGACGUUUCGUCGACCACUUCGCCAAGAUUGCGGCGCCGUUGACGUCCAUGCUCAAGAAGGGGGAGCCCGAUCGGCUCCCCGAACUGGACGAAGACCGCAGGUCUGCCUUCGAAGCUCUGAAGACUUGCCUGAUUUCCCCACCGGUAUGGCGACUACCGCGUCUGGGGCUACCGUAUUCCCUCGACACGGAUGCAUCCGACGCCCAACUCGGUUGCACGUUAUUACAGCAACACGAGGAUGGUAACAGAUACCCUGUCGGGUUCUGGUCGCGAACGCUCUCGUCGGCGGAAAGGAAUUACUCCACGACGGAGAAAGAAUGUUUGGCCAUCGUGUGGGCCAUUCAGACGCUGCGUCCUUACUUGGAACGCGAGCGAUUUACGGUCAACACCGACCAUCAUUCCCUUCGCUGGUUAAUGAAUCUUGCCGACGCAAGCGGGCGUUUAGCACGGUGGCGCUUGCGCCUAGCCGAGUUUGACUUCGACGUCACGUACGUGAAGGGCAUCAAGAAUUGUCUCGCCGACGCCCUCAGUAGAAUACAGUCUAUAGGGGGCACAACCAUUGUACUCGCUCAACACUCCGACCCGUUCUGUAAGGAGAUCGCUUCCCAUCUUAAGAAGGGGGAGGGUGUGGCCCAAAUUCGCCUCUCCAAGUUCUUCAUGAACAAGGAAGGGGUACUUUGCCGGAAAGCGCACCUUGACGGUGUUGAGCAAAUCGUCGUACCAACCACUCUGCGCGAGCGAGUGUUGUAUAUGGCGUAUUACCCCGCCGCCUCGGGACACCACGGAGGCAGGGGUCUGUUCUACACAUUAAGACAACGGUACUACUGGCCGAGUAUGUCCGUCGACGCAUACGCCACAGUGAGAAGGUGCUCCGACUGUGCGAAAGCUCGCAUUAAAUUGCGUAAGCACAACGCGAAGUUGAAAACGUUCCCUCCGAUGGGACCCUUGGAGUUUAUCGCUAUUGACAUCCUAGGCGAACUCCCCAGAACACCAAGAGGCAGUCGAUACCUCUUGGUAAUAUCUGAUCUCUUCGUAUACGGAGCCCCAGUGAAGCUACUCUCCGACAAUGGGAGUCAAUUCACGUCAAGGCUCUUCCUUGCCGUGUGCAAAAUCCUCCGCGUCGAAAGCGUGUUCACCACAGCUUAUCACCCACAAGCUAAUGGACAGGUGGAGAGGUUCAAACGCACCCUGGUGUUCUCUCUACAGCACUACCUAGCCGACAACCAACGCGAUUGGGACCAGCUCAGGGACGCGCUAACCUACGGUUACAAUUGUACCGUGAAUCGCAUGAUCGGUAUGAAGCCGUUUGAUCUUGUGUUAUCCCGGACACCGGCGCCUCUUUCCAUCCAACAGACCCCUACACUGUAA